AUGACGAAGAGGCCCAGUGAGACGCUUCGAAAGUACGCCGAGUGUUAUUGGCAGUUGUUUAACAAAAUACCUAGCAUUGACCAAUAUUGGGCGGUGAGAAAUUUUAAGAACGGAUUGGAGACAGGUAGCAAGAUUCUUAACAAACUAGCAAUUCGGACCCCUCAUGGGAUGAAUAAGCUCAUGAGGACAGUGGAGCAAUUUUGUUCCUACGAAGAGUUCCUCGCCGAGCAAGAACUUCAAGCAGGACAACCUUCCGUUGUCCCCCAAAGCCUCCAUGUCCCCACCCCUCAACUCGCGGGUAUGAAACAUGUGAUUCCGUCCCAACCGAAGAAGCAAGUGAAUACCGUGAAGAUGGGAAACAAGAAAGCACCGAAGCCUCAUGAUUACGUCGCCGAGACAAUAGUCUUUAAGGAGCCGAUCUACUUUCUCCUCAAGACCUUAGAGCGAGAACCGUUCUUUGUUUGGCUGAACCCGCCAAAGCUCAACACGGAGGCAGGGAAUGACAACAAUAGGAAACGGUGCUCAUACCAUAACGAGCUCGGUCACUACACCAUGACAUGCACUCCCUACAAAGCACUUCUGGAAAACUUGGCGGCUCAAGGACUUCUCAACGAUCACACUGAUUGGACAAAGACUUUGAGGCAACAGCCAAACAUUAGAGGCCCCAAUCCUGUCCCACAUCUGGUAGGAGUCAUUAACGUCAUUCAUGGACAAGUAAACAAGGAGGCGGCCCAACAGCUUCAGUCUGAACUUAACCGAGCCAAAAAUUCUGGCCAAAUUUUUUCGAUCGAAAGCGCGUCCAAACGCUUGAAGACUGCUGAAUGUCCAUGGUCAAUCACCUUCACUGAACGGGAUCUCCAGAGGGUGCAGACGCCGCACAAUGACGCACUUGUCGUGACAAUACAGAUACGCAUACUAUCAAGAGGGUCCUUAUAG